CAAUUCCCAAGUGGUGAGAAACGGGCCGUCGAGAUUGGCUGGAGUCGACUAGAGGUAGAAAGAGAUGACCUGAUUCAUCGGCCUGGAGCUUAUGACCCAAGUUCUGUGUACUAGUAGUUGGAGAUAGUGUUGUUAUGGCUCUGUGCGCCCGUACAAACAGUUCAGUUCAAAAAUUGCAAUCGCAGAGAAAGGUCGAUCGUUCCACUGCUCUCCGUAUGCGACUGCAACUGAGUUGGUGUUGUUGUUCGACAUUUCCCCUCGAAUCUUUUUAUUUAGUUUCAUAAUCACGUCGUUCUGAAUUUAAUUUAUGUCCAAACGAGCAUUUAAUCAACAAUAUUCAAUGGACGCCUGCAUUGUGAUGAAAGCGUUGCCGGAUUUCUCUCAAAUUUCCAACUCGCCUUUUCUUGAAUAUGAACGAGAAAUGUCGAGCAUACGAUCGCACUUUGAUUAUGAGGAUCCUGUGGGUCCUGCCCAUAAAGAAGCUCCGACUGAAGUUUACCCCGACCAGCCAAACAGCAACGUUGGCGUUGCCAGUAAAACAAGUGACAAUAACAAGAGUAAGAGUCCAUUGGUUUGGGGAGAGGAUAUCACCUUCUUGGAUCGUCGGCAGAGAGAAAACAGAUCGGGCGAAGCCGAGGCCGGCCCACAAUACAUUAGUCUCAAUGGCUUCAGUUUCUUUCCCAAAGACGAGGAAACGGAGGAUUUGAACGACAUUUGCUCCUCGUUGGAAUUGGUUGAUCAGAGCUUGGUCGAAGCCCAUCCGUGUACGGUGGAUGAAAUUUACCAGUCGACCGUCGAGACCCAUCUCGCCCAAGAUAAUAUUCCCGUGGCCGGCCGUGUGGGCCUUCGCCGGACUCGCAACGCCUCGCAACGUGUCUCUCUAGUCCUCAGUGAAGAUGACAAUUCGUUCUGCAGCCAGUCGGAGAACGCCAACAAAAGCGGUCGCAAACGUCACAUGUCGGCGCAGAGUGUGAUGAGUGGCGGCAGUUACGACGAUGCGGACGACAGCCCCUACAAUAACAACAGCAACGGACGGAAAAAGAGACGACGCUACGAGGAAAAUCCUUCGGAGGAUCCUGCGUUCGAGAAGAGUCGUAAAAAUGCCAUUAUCGCCAAAAGGAAUCGUGAAAAGAAGAAGGCUCUCAUGGAUGAAAUGGAAAAACAAUGCGAUAAGCUAACCAAAGAUAACACCCAUCUGGAAUCCGAUAAUGGAAAGCUGCGCCAUCGCGUCACGACACUGGAAGAGGAAGUUUACUACCUCAAAAGUGUUCUGGCCAAUGAUAGCUCGUUAUCAACCGUUUUGUCCGGUCUGAAGAGCAUCGGCAAUCUACGAUUUACAAGUAACCUGGAUCCGUCGAAAUACAAUAGAAAGCCAGUUGCAUCUUCAUCCACCGGCCAGCAGAAAAGAUCCGGAGGGAUUUGCGUCCACCUUGACAGACAUCAACGCAUCUCCGUGGAAAAGUGUUCCGAGUGUUCCAUUGACAGGAAUAACGACGCUUGCCUUGAUGGUUUGUAGAGCUCAGCGGCUCCAUCGAAUUGGCUUGGAUCCUGAAUGUCCGUUAGAUGUUUACAUUUUUUUUUUUAAAUUACCGCUUAACACAGCACAUCAUUAUAAAGGUUACAUAAUACAAAAAGGAAAAUUCUCAUCGUGAUGUUUAAGUAUGCGUUGAUUUACACUGUCUAUGGUUCACGUGAUUGAAUCCGCUUCUAUUGCUCAUCUCCUUGUUCCGCUUUGUUCUUACGUUCUCUACUCGUUUUAAUUAAAUAAUCACAUCACAGCAAAACCACAGCGGUAAAACAAAAUAUCAGUCGCCUCUUGGUGGGCACUGGGCAGCAUUAUUAAUAUAAAAUCUGGCAAUGUUGCACAAAGCACAACCAAAAUAUGUAAAUGUCAUUCAAGUUCGAGAAUGGAGACCAUCAAGACGAACGAAGUAAUGAAGUUCCAAGAGCUCCAGUGACCUGGCUUUGAUCUUUUAUUACAAGAACAUACUCACUGAUUGGUCAUACCUAACACUAACAGACACUCAGUAGUGGGAAACUGGAAUUCUUACAAGCGCCAUGGAAACAUCUUCUGAUUGGUUUCUUAAGGAACAAAUUCGUUACUCUCACAUUUGCGUCAAGAGACUUCGAGAAUCUCAUCUGCUGACGAAUCCGAUCACCCCAAUAACUGGAACAAACAGUCCGUCCUCUUCGGCUGACCACCCAUAUUCAAGUCAUCCACGUCAAUCUGAUGGCUCUCAAUAAUAAUAUAGAAGCAAGAGCGACAUACUGGAGCUGAACAGCAGUCUGAUCCUUACAAGAUUCAUCUGUUGCAUGGAGUCGGUGAUGCUGUUGUUAUCUUGGAGAAUGUUGGGUGUUCUGACAAAUAUCUUUCUGCGUGUUUGUGUCGAAAAAAGCUAUAGUUACAGCUUUAAAAGAAUUGCAAAACUCAACUUGAGUGGUCAUACAAUUGGACUGAAGG